AUGUCGGCGGCGUUCAUUGUGCCGAGCGCACCCGAGUGGUCGAUUGGCAUGCAACUCGGUCACUGGGUCGACGCCAUGACAUCGGCAAGAACGCACCGGCUGCUUCCAGCGGCAACCGUCGCCGCACUUGCCACGGGGGACGGAAACGAUCUCGUGCCAGCAAGGGAUCGUGAUGGCGUGUCGCCUGCGGCGCAGAGGCCGCACUGGCAUCUGCGGCCGAGUCUCUCGCCGCUCUCUUCUCUGCGCCCACCGACGUAG